CUGCGAGCUUUUGGGCUGGUUCCUGCAAGAGCUUUUGCGUUGCAAGGUGGUCAGGCAAACGAGAAGGUUACUCACACUGGACAGGUGUUUGAAGAAGGCGAUUAUAGAAAAGUAAGAUUCGUUGGUCGGCAAAAAGAGGUAAAUGAACGUUUUGCUAUUAACUUGGUUGCAGAAGAACCACCCAUUGAAGUAGAGGAGAAUGUAACAUCUUGCAAUGGUGGUGGAGGUCCUCUUGGACAUCCUAGAGUAUAUAUUAACUUGGACAAUGAUUCUAAAUUUGGAACGUGUGGUUAUUGUGGACUGCGAUUUAAAAGGAAACAUCAUCACUGAAAAGAAGCAGCUUUUUUGUUC